AUGAGCCAUCCUUGCAAUGUCUUCCAUCCUGUGCCUUACCUCGGUCCUGUGUCUUCACCUCUCCUGCCAUCUCUGUCUAAAGCUUUCCAGGAGAAGAAGAGAAUGACAGUGGCUUCCCUUGGAGCUGAAAGGAAGGCAUUGAGAUGCAGUGAAGCUUGUAAGACUGCUGAGGAAUCAGGUGAUCCUUCUACAAGAUGGAACAAAAAAGCAAGGGACUAUUUCUACAGAUCAAAUACUAAAAUUUAUGAAGAAGUUCCUCGGGAUGACAUGAUACCUCGCAAAAUCCCACCUCCAGUGAAAGUGGAAGUGUUGGCUGAUCCUCUUUCCCAACAGAGAUACAAUCCUGAGCCCAAAACAAGCCGAGUCAACAUUGUCAGUGCCAGUGUAGUCUUAAUACCGCUUAGCCAUGUGCAAGCUUCAAAGCCUCACUUCACAAGCACUGCAGACACUCCAAAUAUCCCUGGAUACACUGGCAAGGUUCAUUGGUCAGCAACUCACCCAGCAAAUUCUAAUCUUCCAUCAACAACCCCAUCAAUAAUUGCACGAAUGCAUGGAUACGUUGCAAAACAUGGAAGUUCAUCUCAGUAUAAUCACCAGAAUUUUUCUCAAAGGGUGACUCCAGUUAGUCUUCAUAAUUCUUGCAACAAACUGUUACAGUUUAGAAAGUGUCAGUCCUUUUUACCUGCAUAA